CAGGCCAUCUGCGACUGAUUGCUGCGUUCAGGGAGAGGCGGAUCAUUGUGUCCAAUGCUUCUCCACAGAGCUCACUUGAACCUUUCUCCACCAGCAGAACGACUCCCUUUGAGAUAGCCGAGCUUCGGGUUAGUUCUCCCGGUGAGGAGCUGGAGGUGGACUGGGGGAACAUCAUAAUGAUCAGCACCAUGGAAUGCGCAGCGGACGCGCAAAGCCUCAUCUCCAUUUCCUUAAUGAAGAUCCACAACUCCAGGACGCAGAGAGGGGGCAUCAAGCUGCACAAAAACCUGCUGGUCUCCUACGUUCUGCGGAACGCCAGGCAGGUCUACAUCAAGGAGAAAUACGCGGAGAUCUAUCGCAUGCAGCAGUACGAGGAGGUGAUGACAGUCUGCAACGAGAUCCAGGAGCUCAACCCUCUGGAUCUGGACGCAGAGGACGCGGAGGAUGAGGAGCAGGCAGCGGCGCACGCCCGGACAUCAAGCGCUAUUUUCGGCUGCUCUCCUCUCGAUGACGGCAGCAAGGAACCGGAUCCCUGCUACUACCGGAGCUGCUGCAUGGAGCCUUCGCCCGUGCCACACUGUGACCAGUUCACCGCCAACAACAGCAGCAGCAGCAGCUCGCACUGCAACAAAACCACAGUGCUGGACUUGGACACGCAUGUGGUGACCACGGUGGAGAACGGAUACCUCCAUCAGGACUGCUGCUGCUGCGACGCGCUCCAAUGCGGACAGGGCGCGCGGUCUCCGGCGAGGAAACGGAAGGUGGAGUUCAGCUGCUGUGUCUCUGAUGUGGAGGACGUUUCAGAUUUUACAGCGGCGAGGAAACGGGCGAAACGCGAGGACUGCUGCUACUCCAACAUAGACUACACAGAUACUUCCAACAUCUCCAACCUGAUCUCCAUCUUCGGCUCGGGGUUCUCGGGGCUGCUCAGCAGACAGUCGGACUUGGAGCAGAUCUGUAGCAAACAGGUCCUGGCCAGCCUGGGGGCGUGGACACGAGCUAUUGUGGCGUUUUAAACCCAAAACCUGUAUAUUAGGGGAGACCGGGGUCAGGUGUCAAUGUUUUCCACUAAAGUGUUUUACUACAACCAGUGCUGUGAGCUAUUGUUGGGGACCAUCAUGAGGAGAAGGCUCCCAAACAAAGUAACGUUCCCAUAUGGUUCUCUAUAGAGGAUUGUAUAUCAUGUGAAAAUGUAAUGUGUGGAACUUUUCCGUAGUUACAUUUUCAACAAAUGUUGGUGUUUUUGUACAUUACAUUAUGUAAACAGAAACCUUAGGGGAACGUUGCCAAUCAACUCUUCUCAACCCCCUGUGUGUGCCAACAGUGAAAGGUGUGCUGCAGAAUAUGUAUUUGUUGAAAUCAGUGUUUUUACAGAAUGUGUGCAAUAAUUGUGACAUAUAGAGUCGCAGGGAGGUAAGUUGUAAUGCUGCAAAAAAUGUCACUUUUCAGUUUAGCCAUUUAACUGAGACUAGUUUGAUAAGACGGGUUUAUCCAUCAACCACAGAAAGUGUCAAACAUCACAACUGGCGUAAGUGUUACUUCAGAAGCAUAGUAUUUAAACACUAAUGUUGAAUAUUUAGUCUCUUCCAGCAUGCAUUACAACCAGCCUCUCUGUGACAUGCUAACACAUGCUAACCUCCGUAGCUUUCACAUACUUGUAACGAAGACAGUGAUUCUAAAUAUACAGAAGUAUCAGGAGUUAUACCUCAAAGCACACCUUUGUCUUGAAAAAUCAAUAACAUGUAUGUGAGCGGUUCACUGGUGUGUCCUGGUGACUUCAGUUUGGAGCGUUACAAGGGUGCCCGGUCUCCCCUUUAAGGUCAACUUUAUUUUUGCAGGAAAAAAGAAAAAGCUAUUUAAAAAAAUGGAGCAUUUUAAUGACAAUAGUUGUGGCCCCAGCAGAGACUUUGGGCCACAUCAUGUCCAGGCUCUCCUGUUGUCAGAAAGGGACACACACAUCUUCUGAAAACACUUUGUGACUGAUCGAAUGGAUUGACUUCCUUUGCCUUAAAUCAGAUGCACACCACUGCUAGCUAUUGUCAUUAAAUGAAAGAAGAGUGAGUGAAUGUCUCUCCUGAGGAUCCUUUAGGGAAAUGGACCUUGCACAUUGUGAGCAGUUUGUCAUGUGAAACACUUUGUUCCCUCCGAAACACUUCACAUCAUAUCACUCCACACUAACAUACUGUAACACUUUCUGGGCUACUGGUGAUCACCUCCACUCCCAAGCCUUCACAGCGAUGCAUAACUCCAACACGUCUUGGUUUUAUGAGUUUUUACCUUUUUGUUUUGUAAAAAUGAGUCCUUUUGUUUUAAAAAGGCAAACUCCUGAUUUAGCCAUAACCUGAGGAUCCACGCAUUAGCUUUAUGAGAGCACUAUGUGUACCAAAAUAAAGAGAGUAUUCAGCCAUUCUCUACAUAUUUUGUUGUUAUUGUAUUUUUGUGCUUACUAAAUUGUCUAUCACCGGGUAAAACUGUUGCAGAAAGUAUUUGUUAAAAAUUUAUAAUCUUAAUAAAAAAUGAAAACCUUAA